GUCGUCGUCGUCGUCGUCGUCGUCGUCGUCGUCGCCGUCGUCGCAGUGGUCGACAUUGCCGUCGUCCUCCUUUUCGUCGCUCGUUCUCGUAGUCCCUGUUGCGUCUCUUCCGAUUCGAGAUCCUCCCUGCUCCGUGGUGUUCCAUCGCGCGUCCUGCCAACGUCGCGGACCUUCCACCCUCUCUCUCCCUCUCUCUCUCUUUCUUCCCCCUUCUCUCUCUCUCUCUCUCUCUCUCUCUCUCCCCCUAUCCCUAUCUCUCUCUCUCUCUCUCUCUCUUUGCCACUCUUCCUCUUCCUCGGUCUUCUCUUCGUGAAGUCGACGAUCGAACGAACCGCACGGCGUCCGCGUCUUCGAUGAGAGCCGCCGCGACGCGACGUGGUGCGACGACAACCGGCGAGAUGUCUUUCUGGAAGGACACGGCCUAACCUGCUGGUGCGCGCGAGGUGCUAACGACAUAUUCGCGUAUCGCUGGCGAACGGUGCUGGCGCGGGGUGCGCGGCUACCGCGCAAGGGAGCGACGUCGCGGUCCGAUCAGCGGCCGCGGGCUCGAGGUGCGAGUCGCCGAACGAUCAGCGACGAUACAGUUAACCGGGAUUAGUGACGAACGGAGAGAACAUCCUUCGCCGGGGCAACAGCGGCCGGGAGGAUCGGAGUGAAGAGGUGGGAGCCAUGCCACCCGGGCGACGAGCUUCCCUCGAGGCAGCCAGCAGCAGGAUCGUCCAACUACCGUUUCCCCAUCCUUCGAGGCUACCGGCUCGUGCUCGCUUUUGUUGAGAUUUUACGGUAUCGAUGCUCGCUACAGUCAGAAAUUACGCGGACCCGGCUUCGGCUCGAGAAAAGCGGAAAUAUCUGCGGAGCGGAAAAUCGAGAUUGGAGAAGUGAGAUUCCCCGGAGAAGUCUCAGAGUCAGAUUUACCGGUAUACCUGGUGAGAAACUGUGGAUUGCUGCAGCAGAACCUCGGCCCCAGGAGUGGCCCGGGGGUGGUUACCCUGGGGACCUCGGGCAGGUGAUCGCGCGAGGACGAAGUGGCUGAGACCGACGAAGGACACGGGAGGCGGAGGAGGAGGCCGCUAUGAACGCCAGCGUCAACAUCGAAAGGAACUCCUGGCGGCUGCCUCCCGACGAGACCGUCCAGGUCGCCGAUCCCCGUUCAAAAUCAGCCCAGGUAAAAGAGGAUUUAACGUACGGGGAGGGCGGCCACAAUUGGCGGAGUAUAGUUUUCUCGCUGCUGGUCAUCGGCUUCGUUAUCGCCGGCAUCGUCACGGCCAUUUAUCUCCUCGGGUACGUCGACGAGCUGCUGUACUGGAGCGGCAGGCGUCUUACGUUGGACGAGUGCCUUCGUGAUGACCUGACACCGCACAGGUUACCACCGACCUGGAUCACCCACGAGAAGUUCGUCUACCAAGCCGACGACGGUUCCCUCACCCUCCUGGACACCAGCAACAAUAUUGUGUCCCUCUUAGUCUCUAAUCAUACGCUUAGGCAACUGAACGUUCACGGCUACGAGUGCAGCGCCGACCUGCGUUAUGUACUGUUCAGGCACAAUGUCAAGCCGGUCUUUCGGAACACCUUCACCGCUCAUUACACCGUCUACGAUGUCACAAACGAUCACCACACACCCCUUCGCCUGCAAGCGACGCGACGUAUGCAGCAGACGCGAAUGCAACACGCUAUGUGGCUGGGCAACACGUCCAGCCUCCUGAUGAUCUCUGAGAACGACAUUUAUCUGAGGAUGGCGCCCGCCUUGAUGGAGGACAUCCGGCUGACCGACACGGGCGUGCCCGGGGUGAUUUACAACGGCGUGCCCGACUGGCUGUACCAGGAGGAGGUGCUGCCGCAACCGCAAGCGACGUGGCCAAGCCCGGACGGCACACAUAUCCUUUACGCCACGUUCAACGACAGCCGAGUGAGCGCGUUGCAGUUUCCGUGGUUCGGCACGCAACCGGGUCAAGACGGCGUCAGCUCGAGUCCCCUGGGCGCGUCCAGGAGAGGCUCCUUCCCGCCUUCCAGGUCGGUCAGAUACCCGACGCCGGGCUCGCCGAACCCGGAGGUCGAGCUGUGGCUCAUGGAGCUCGGCAACUUCAGCGCGAUGAGCCACAACGGCACCGGGAACGUCACGUGGCCGAGCAAAAUGAAGCUGAAGCCGCCGCCGUCCUUGGACGGACAAGAUUACUAUCUGACAUCGGCCGGCUGGGUCGGCGAGGACGCGUCGCAGAUCGCGGUCGUCUGGAUGACGAGGAUGCAGAAUCUGUCGGUGGUGUCGGCCUGCCGCGGUCCCACGUGGGAGUGCGAAGAGACCCACUCGGAGAGGGCGCCCGAAGGACUGUGGCUGGACGCCCAGCCGCAUCCUCUCUUCGCUCCGGACGGUGACAGCUUCCUGUUGCUGGCGACGGUGCAGGAAGGUGACAAGGAGCAUUUCACGCAUAUAAAACACGUCACGCUCACUCAGCAGAGAAUAGCGGUGCUCUCUCAUGGCCGCUACGAGGUAAGCGAGAUCCUGGCGUGGGACACCAAGGCGCAUCUCGUGUAUUACCUGGGUACCCGAGAGAGAAGGCCCGGCCAGAGACACCUGUACAUAGUGCGCGAUCCCGCCGCGGACGAUCCUCGUCACUUCGAGCCGUUGUGCGUGACGUGCGACCUCGGCGAUGUUCUUUGGAGCAGCAGGUUCUACUACACCAAUUGCACGCACUUUGGCGCAUCCGUCAGCCCGCCGGUGAACGACGACACCCAGGGUUACUAUGUGCUGCACUGCGAGGGUCCCGGCCUCCCUCUCGCCGCCGUGCACAUGAUGUCGUCGCACAAGAUGCUGCGCGUGCUGUACGACACGAGGAUCCAACGCGCGGACAAGCUCUCGGAAUUGGCACUGCCUACCAGACGGAACUUCGAGGUGCCGUUACCCCAAGGCUGGCGGGCGCAGGUACAGCUGCUGCUGCCUCCCUCGUGGCGGGAGGAGCUCAGGGACGCGGCGUUUCCGGUGCUCGUCGAGGUGAACGGUCGUCCGGGCAGCGAGGCGGUCACGGACAAGUUUCGGAUAGACUGGGGAACUUACAUGUCCAGCCACAACGACGUGGUCUACGUGAGACUGGACGUGCGGGGCGCCCGGGGCCAGGGGAAGAAGGACCUGUUCAGGAGGAUAGGCGGCGUCGAGGUGCAGGAUCAGCUUACGGUGCUGAGGCACCUGCUAAAGACGCUCAAGUACCUCGACGUUACCAGGGUCGGCGUCUGGGGGUGGGGCUACGGCGGAUACGUGACCGCCAUGGUCCUCGGCAGCCAGGAGAACGUUUUCAAGUGCGGCGUCGCGGUCAACCCGAUCGCCGACUGGAUGUACUACAAUUCCGCGUUUACGGAACGAGUUCUCGGCGCCCCGGCUGAGAACUACAAGGGUUACGUGGAGGCCGACCUCACGCAACGGGCGAGAUUGGUGCCCAGUCACAGCCUUUACCUUCUUCACGGUCUAGCCGACCUCACAGCGCCUUAUACGCACGGCGUUGCCUUCGCCAAGGCUCUGUCCGAAGCGGGAGUCAUCUUUAGAUACCAGAGUUACGCGGACGAAGAUCACGCCCUGGCGGGUGUGCUCGAACACGCUUAUCGUUCCAUGGAGGACUUCCUCGCCGAGUGCCUCGCCUUGGAUGCCUCCUAGUGCCUCAAGCCGAAAAAUCCUUUGUUGUCUCUAGUGCGCCUAUUUCCGACACAUCCAAAACGGACGUCAAUACGGGGAUUCGUCCUCGAGAUCACGGCAAUUACUACUCGCGGAGCAAGCGGAAUGAGAGCCUGAAUCGCCAAGUGGUUCGGCUCGCUGGCGCAGGAUGAGGAGAUCCUUCGCGAAGAACGUCGGAGGAAGACGCGACGGAUCGCCCUCCGGCGAUUUUUUUUUACGCCUGCGUUGUCGGACUACGUGCCUCUCGCGCCAUUUCGACACGUCGAUAGCCCCGUAAUCCGUCGAAUAACGCGCGAGCGAUAGGUUCGACGAUGACAUGCGAUGGCAAAUGUGUACAGCAGCGAACAGGUACGAGAGAGAGAGAGAGAGAGAGAGAGAGAGAGAGAGAAGAAGGGAAGAGAGAAAGAGACAAACGCGCGUGCUUGCCGUGAAAUCGAUCUUGGACGAAUCUCGAGAAGCGAAGGAGUAAACGAGGCGCGUGUUCGAAAGCGCAGACCGAAUUACUACGUGCGGAGCUUACCGACAGCUUGCAAAUUCAGCGUCGUACGUUCAGCGCCAUCGAAGCGACGUCAGCGAUGUCGCUUUCGGAGUCGAUGUGGUGCGUUUGCAAGCGCGUCAUUAACAUUUUGCUGUGUUCCAAAUCCCACGGGCGUUCAUAUAGAAAAGGCCUGAGGUUUCGUAGAGCGGUUACAUUCGCGAGACAGAGAGAGAGAGAGAGAGAGGGGGGGGGAGAUUAUCAUGAAUUGAAAUACAUUUCGACGUACAGAGCUUAUCGGGAGUCUGCAAACUCGCGCUUCCCUCGAUUUCCGUUUCAUCUCUUUCCACACGGAGCCCAGGAGUCGAGUCGCGCAGGACUCGAGUCAACGUAAUCCCGAUUACCGAACGAUCGGCCACACCCCCAACCCACCCGACAUGCUCCGGCGAGCCGGCCGGCCGAUCGAGGCUCUCACGACAAGCUGGGCAAGAACUGAGAGAAACCCGCGAUCUCUAAAAUCUCGUAGUCGAGUCACGUCGGUCCGCGAGGAGUUUGCAAGCUUCCACCUCACGUUCUUUCUUUUUCUAGCUACGUCACUGGUGCCUCCUCGAUUUUAAACGAGGAAAAAGUAUCUACGCCUAUACGGUGACGUUCGUCCAGAGGCAUCGACACACUUUACUAUUAUAUAUAGAAUCGGACGGCUAUCGUAAGUUUUAUGUUGUACAGCUUGGCGCCUAGUUCUAUGUAUCAUAAUGUUAUUAAACCAUAAGAAGUUGUUCCACAUCUACACGCAUCCAUACACACAUAUACACGCACACACACGUACACAUACACACAUACAUACGCAGACAACAACACCCUUGUGUAUCCUCAUCUCGACCCGCCCUUCCUUCCCACCGUUUUUCCCCUUCCUUCCUUCUUUCCUUCCUCCUCCCCCCUCCCUUCCUUUCUUCCUUAGACCCGUUUAAAUUUCGAAUACUUGUACAUACAUAUACAACUAUGAGAAAAGUCCUUUCACGAGGAUACCUUCGACGAGGUCCUCACGAGGGCUAACGCCGCGGACGGCACGAUCGUAAAUAAUUGAUGAAACGAGCGAUAUCACGGGUCCUGAUAGAUCGGAUUUUCGCGCGACAAGGCUCGUAAAGGCACAUUCGUCGGUCUCAUUUGUUUGGGCUCGAAUCUCGUCGAAAGUACGGCGGCUGUCGGAUGCGUUGUACGCCCUUUCGAGAUACCCUGAUCGAGCCGAAUGGAUCAAUGACUGUGUGCUAAUUAGACGAUGUACUCACGCAGUCGCAUUGCGCGACUAAUCAUCGAUCGCACGCGAUCCCGAGUAUUCGCUCGUGACGUUUUCAGGUGGAAUGGUGAAGGAGCAGGAGAGAACGAAGAGGAAGAAUAACGUAGCGUGUCGUUCUCACAGCCGAAUUAUACGAUGGCCGACUUUACCGUUCCACCAACGGUCGGAGCGAAUGCUCAGAAACCUCGAGAACACAACGGGACUCGUGCGAGUGUCUCGAAGAUAUCUGCGGCGGUGUUGACAUUUUUACGAUCUUUCACAUGUAUUUCGGAAGUCGAGAUAUUUCGCGAAGAUUUCGAAAAUUAUUGUCCUGCGAUUUGAUGCCGGGCGCGCGAUCUUACUCGCGCGUUGUUGUUAGGAAUUGUAGACACGAGAGAAAAGAAUCGCUCACACCUUUCCGUCAGAGCAAAGUUCAAGAGUGCAAGAGUGAGAAAGAGAGAGAGAGAGAGAGAGAGAGAGAGAGAGAGAGCUGUCACCACGUCGUUAUCACCUACAACACUUCUUCGGCCUGUGCCUCACCCUUUCGUCAGUAUUUAUCCCAUCGGUCACUCGAUCAAAUCGCAGAUAAUUUUCGAGAACGCGCCGAUCUGAUUUCUAGUCGUUGUCUGAUAAAGAAGAAAAAACAAAAAAAAAGAACACACGUAACUCGCGAGUUCGUAAAGAUCGUUAAUUAGGAGAGCGAGAGGCGCGCUCGGACAAAGAAGUGUCGCACGUCGCCAUGUGUACGCUGCACGCCCAGCAGCCCUUAAAUGCCGACAAUCAAGGCUAGUGCAACUAAUCAAACGAUAAUAAAUAGAAAACGGAGAGAAGAGAAACUACUUAAUAAUUUUAAUGAAUAUACUCGUGAACGAUCGCUGUGGUUCGUGUGUAAUUAUAGGCCGCGAGACGCGCGAGGCCGACCGAGUGCCGCCGAGCUGUCGGCGGGACCCGGAGGAGGAGGAGGAGGCUUCGCGAGGACGAUUCUUCGCGCGAAUAAAAAUAGGCGCGAAGGGUCGUCAUAGGUCGAGACGAUGUGCCCGCUGUUGACCGUAGAAAGUACAAAGAUGUCACGCGUAAUGGAGGGAACGGAGCCUCGGGAAAAUUUUGCGUUACAACUUCCGCGCGACAACAACCACGAA